UAAUGGCAUUUUCGUUAUUUAAACGACGGCGAAGUGCAUUUUGUAUCAUAUUUCCUCUUUAGCAUAUCCAUAAUCCACUCAUGGAGGUGUAGUUAGAGAUAUUGGUUUCUUUCUUUUUGCAGCUUUAAUGGCGAUCUCGAUUGUAUCCUCAAAGCUCAAUUUUUCAAAUGUAUUUCCAUUCUUAAAUUCAGUAAAGAGUCAUUCAUUAAAGCCAGCGCAUUGCAUGCCGCUCCAACAGAGCCAAGAACAGGAGGAUGCCGGAAUUAUGUGUGAACCUUGCAAAGGCAAAGGAUGGCUGCUUUGUGGUUUUUGCAAUGGACAAAAAACCAACGUGCAAGCAGAAAACAACCGAAUCUACCGUCGCUGUCCAUCAUGCCGAGCUAUUGGAUAUGUGUUGUGUUCAAAGUGCAAAGUUUUCAAGUGUGUUACUUUCCCAAACUACAGUGACGGUGAGCUCUGAUUAUCUCUUGACUUUUAUCUCCAAUUUUUUCUUCCUGUAUUUUAUGACCUUGAGAAGUUUCUACAUUGUGUGGUGCACCUAAGUGUGUAUAUUUACUCGCUCAAAUGGCUAUGAAAUGGGUAAUUGUAUUAUUUUUGGUCAAUUAUACUUUGAAGUAUAGAACAACUUCUUGAACUUCUUAAAUGUUUUUAUUGAAGGGCUUGGAUCUUCCUCUGUAGUCUGUACGUUGUAUCCUUAGCCAAAAUGGCCAGUUGAUACCAUCUGAUUUAU